AUGGGUGGGCCUGCAGGAGUUGUCUGCAGCUCUGGUGGUGCUGUCUACAAGACGCUUCGCAAUAAUACGCACAAGAACUGGAUAAGAGAUCCAGGGCUUCGGCAUCUCAAUAUCGGCGUGGCGAUGAUGUUUGCGUCUGCCGCUGCCAAUGGCUAUGACGGAAGUUUGAUGAAUGGACUUUUGGCCAUGAAGAGAUUCACUGAUGAUCUUGGACAUGGUUAUGAUGACAAGAACAUCUUGGGACUGAUCAUUGCUGGAAUCAGUCUCGGAGGUCUGCCCAGUUUUAUCCCUGCUUCCUACGUGAGUGACUGGCUUGGAAGACGAGGCACUGUUGCCAUUGGAUCUUCAAUCAUGGUGGCUGCAGCACUCAUUCAGGCAUUCACCCAUGGCCCAUGGGCGUUCCUAGGCACCAAAAUCAUGCUUGGUGUCGGAUUGGGGUUCUCUCAGACUGCGGCACCACCUCUGACUACCGAAAUCGCGCAUCCCCGUCAGCGCGGUCAAGUCACUGCCCUCUUCCAAGCCGUCUGGUUCUGGGGCUCCAUUCUCUCAGCCGUCAUUACUCUUGGUUGCCUCUUUGUCAACAACAACUGGGCCUGGAGAGCGCCUUGUCUCAUGCAAGGAUUCUUCCCUGGUAUACAGUUGUUGGGUCUUCUCAUCAUCCCCGAAUCCCCACGUUGGCUCGUCUCCAAGGACCGUGGAGAUGAAGCUUUCAACAUUCUCGCCAAAUACCAUGCCAAUGGCGAUCGAGAUGAUGAACUUGUACAGUAUGAGUUUCAAGAAAUUUGCGAGGUCAUUGAAAAGGAGAAAGAGGCAGCUCGGAAUUCGGGCUUCAUGUCUUUUUUCGAAAGCAAGGGCAAUAUUCACCGAUUUGCAAUUUGUGUGCUCGUUGGCGUCAUGAUCCAAUGGGCAGGAAACGGUAUCGUCUCAUACUACCUUACCCCCAUCCUCAGGAGCGUCGGCAUCGAGGAUGCCGUCUCUCAGUCUGCUAUCAACCUCGGUAUGCAGAUAUGGAAUGCCAUACUGGCUGCAUGCGGUGCCAUGGCCGCUGAACGCUUCGGUCGUCGUCCGCUCUGGCUUCUGUCCACCGUCGGCAUGCUGAUUUCCUUUACCAUCAUCACUGCUCUCUCCGCCGUCUUCGCCGAACACGGCGUCAAAGCCGCUGGUAGUGCCGUGGUUGCGUUCCUCUUUGUCUUCUUCGGCUUCUACGUCAUUGCUUAUACACCUCUAUCUAUCGCCUACCCCGUCGAGGUCCUGCCCUUCCGUCUGCGUGCCAAGGGUCUUUCCAUCAACUUGACUGUCGUUUUCGGAACUGGUUUCUUCAACCAAUACGUCAACCCGAUUGCCCUCAACGCCAUCCAAUGGAAAUUCUACUUUGUCUACAUCGGUUGUCUCGUCGCCAUGCUUUUCAUAAUUUACUUUCUCUUUCCCGAAACAAAGGGACGCACGCUUGAAGAGAUUGCUACUGUCUUUGAUGGUCCCGCCGCUGAGACCGAUGUCGCUCGAAAUCUCUCCGUCGCAGUGGCCGCCGACCAGGCCGAAAAGGCUGUACAUAUGGGCAAGAUGGAACAUGUCGAAAUCAAGCACCUGCCUUGA